AUGGCUUUGUUGCUCGAUCAGAUCCACCAGCAUGACAGCAUAAGCCUCACCGGACAGGACAAGAUUUUGCCCAUCAUUUCGCAAACCCCACCUCCCGCGGAGACGGUCCCGACUGUCACUCGGCUCGAGCUGUGGGCUUAUUAUCUAUACGGAGUUGGGCCCAUGUCAUACAGUAUGACACUGUUUCAGGCUCUUGCUACUGCGGCCGGGUAUGACCCUGAUCUGGGGCCUGGGUCAACCUGCACGGCUGACAGGUGUAUCAUUGCCUUCGGUGGAAAUGGGCAGACAAAAAGCGUUAGCAGCGUAGUGCUGAUCGCCAAUGGCAUUUCAUUCGGAAUUAUGACUAUCAUGUUUACCAGCUUAGGUGCUCUGGCUGAUUACCGCAAUUAUGGACGUUGGAUUCUCUUCAUUAUGACCGUGUUGUGCUGGGCUUCCCAGUUCAGCGUAAUGGCUCUCACCGACCCCAGUAGAUGGAAAGUAGGCAUGGUCCUAUAUAUCUUGGGAUUUGUGACAUAUGGCGCAACCCUGGUGUUUUAUGCCGCGCAAUUUCCUAUCAUCGCCUUGAAUACCCUCAAAUCACGACACUUGACUGAAGAUCUGCAGAACAACAAGAUAACCGAAGCGGCAUGUGAACUCGAACAAAGUUUGGAACGAAGCAGGAUCUCUAACAUCAGCACAGUGCAUAGUAAUAUUGGCUAUUUAUUUGUCUCGAUCAUAAACCUCAGCGUACUAUUACCAUUGGCAAACAAUCCCCGGGUGAACAAUUACACAAUAGUUUUGACAAACGCAUAUUGGGUUCUACUUGGGGUUUGGUGGUUUGUAUUCCAAAACCCUCGCCCUGGCCCCCCCUUACCUCGGGGACAAAAUCCUUUUACGAUAGGAUGGCAUCAACUCUACGUCGCUUUCAAAAAUGCAACACAGCUGCCUUACACAUUUACUUACUUGGUCGCUUUCUUCUUGCUUGCGGAUGGCUUGAAUACCACAGGCACCUUGAUUUCAAUCAUUCAAUCAAAUACGGUCAAUUUUAGCUUUCUUGAAAACACUUACUUGGGAAUCUCACAAGCAGUGACAUCGAUUAUUUCCACUCUCGCAUUUUGGUACAUUCAAAAGAAUUGGAAGCUUAAGACAAAAAAUAUGUUUGUGGUGACUAACCUUGUAACAGUUUUGAUACCUUUAUGGGGCACGAUCGGAAUUUGGACCCAUAAGUUUGGAUUUCGUAAUAGAUGGGAGUUUUGGGCAUACAAUGUUAUUUUUGGCUUGUUCCAAGCGCCAUACUACUCUUAUUCCCAAACCAUUAUGGCCGAAUUAUCUCCCCCGGGUCAAGAAAAUAUGUUUUUUGCUUUAUUCGGUUUUUCGAACCGAGCCUCAUCUAUCAUUGGCCCGAAUGUGAUCCAGGUUAUCAUCGACCACACCGGAUCAGAUUGGACAGGUUUUCCGUUUCUGUUCGCGAUCUGCUUGUUAUCGAGUGGCAUAAUAUUUCUACUUGUAGAUCUCGAAAAAGGGCGCAGGGACGCACUGAGAUGGAAAAUGAAGCAAUCUUGA